AUGUUAUCGUCAUCUCAAACAAAUAUUGAUGAUGAAUUCUUUAUUCCUCAUGAUCAUUUAGCAAUACUAACACAUCCUGUAUUAGGUGCAAGAUCAAGAAAAAAAGAUAAAAUUAGUUUGAAAUCAAAUAAUCAUCGAAAUUCAUAUAAUGAUUCACCAUUAUUAAUUUUACCAAUUAAUCAAAUCGAAAAAUCUUUCUAUGAAAAUAAAACUAAUCAUCAUGAAUUAUUUGAUUCUGGUCUUGAUCUUUCUUUUUCAACAAAUUCAUCUAUUCAAAAUUUUCAACAACAAUAUACAACAAUACAUCGACCAUUAAGUGUAGUAAAUGAAAAUUCAAAUAUAGAUGAUAGUUUUCAAGAUCAAUCUAUUCCAUAUUCAUUUGUUGAUUUAAAACAUAAUCAUUAUGAAAAAAAUAUGAUUAAUCAUAGUACAUAUAAACAAGAGUAUCAUUCAAAUUUAUUUUCUGAUAAACAAAAGAAAAUGAACAAAAAGUCUUAUGAUAAUUCUCAUUUAGAUGCAUUAAAAGAAUUUCAUCAACAGACAAAUAUAAAUAAAAUUGUAUACAUUCAUCCUUCUAGUCAACAAUAUCGAUCAUUAAAUGAUUUAACUAAUAAAUCUUUACAAACUACACAUACAAUUAUUCAAAAACCAAUUAUACCAACAUUAAAACAAUUAAGAAAUGAAAGAAAAUUUAAUAUGAUUGCUGAAUCAUCAACACCAUUUUUGAAUUUUAAUGAUCAACAAAUUUAUUCAACUACUAAAACAUCAAAUAGUUCACAUAAUCAACCAAUAUCUCGUUCAAAUCGAUCUAUUAAUGAACAAAUAAAACUAAAAGCAACAACACCACUUAGUCAAUAUUCAAAUAAAGAACAAAUAAGAGAACAUAUUAAUAGAUCAGUUAUUGAAAGACAACAUCCAUCGUAUUUAUCAAUACCACAACGAAAAAAUAUUGUACACCAAAAAAUACAAUUAAAUGUUUCACCAUCAAAAGUUAAUAAUCAUUUAUUCAGACAAGAAAAACAAUCGAAUACAAGUUUGUAUCCAAGUAAUAAAGAUUUAUUUGAUGCUUCUUUUCAAUUUUAUAUCGUUUAUAAUAUGCUGAGUAUUUUCAAUAACUAA